CUAAGGAACGAACCGGUAGAGUAGUACCCAAAACCCGAAUAGAAUCGAAGAACCGACUCUCAGAAGUUACAGAGCUUUCUCUCUCAGACCCAAAUUUUCAUAAACCCUAACCCCCGUCGCUCCCCAAAAUCGUAGCUUCCCUACAAAACCCGCAUUGCGAAACCCUAAUUCGUCGCUCUCUUCGGCAAUGACGAAGGCGUACGGAACAGGCGCGUACGAUUUCAAGCGCCACCAUGUUACCGAGUACCCGGUGGAGCUGAACCACCAGCUUGGAGAGAAGCCGGUGGAGGCUAAACCCGGCGCGGCGCUGCCGAGCUCGAUAACGCGGUCGGAGAUUCAGAGGGACCAGCUCACUAUGAUUGCCGCUGCCAAUUGGUCCAAAGCCAGCGGGGAAGAAGGCGUUCGACGCGGAGCUGGUGAAGAAGAUUUACUGUGGAAUAUGGUACUUGAGGCCACUUGUUGCUGAUGUUGCUGUUGUUCCGAAAUGCCACUUGAGUGCUUUGUAUAUACAUGAAAAGGGAAAGCUCUUUACCCAACUUGUUGACUUGCUGCAGUUUUAUGAAGGAUUUGAGAUUAAUGAUAAUUUUGGGAAACAAUUGACGGAUCAUGAAGUGCUCCAAUCUCAUUAUGAUCGCGUACAAUCUUUUCAGCUGCUUGCUUUUACAAAGAUUCCUAAGUUGCAACAGCUUGCAUUGGUUCAAUUGACAACCGAAAUGAUCUCUCUAAAAGAUUGUCUGUACUUUCUCCUGAAGAAUUGAAGGAUUUGGUUUGUUCAAAGAUUCUAAUGAACGUCAAGAAAGCAAACUUCAACUAAUGAAUCGAAGAAAACAUUGAAUACAAUACAGAGCAUUGUAUGAAAGUAAAACUGAAAACAGAGAGACGGGUGAGAGAAAAGGUGAAGCGGAAGUGAUAUGGUGGACGCGACUUAAGGAGGGGAGAAAAAGAGAUAAAAACAAGGACAGGAAGAGAGGGGUUAGGUGUACAAGUAAGUAUAUGAUGCUUAGCCUUAUGAUGGCAGGAAAGCUGAAGCCAACUGUUAUGCAACAAUCAGUAUUUGGGGGCCUUCUUCUGGAUUAUCACAAGUUCAUAGUGAUUAUAGGGGCAACAACUACUAGUACACGUUUUGGAAAGCUGUUAGGAAUGGAAAGCUCAAGAAUCUUUGUCUUCCCUUCUCGUUCUGGUUUGAUUUCAAGUUGAUUAGAGUAGUGCCUGAACAGAAGAUUGUCACUAUUUUCAGAAUAUGGUGGCGUUUUGCUUGAUCUUGAUACAAAGUUCAUCUUCAUGUAUCAUUUAAUCUAUUUAUUUCUGUUGUAAAGAAAUAUUACUUGGUUCAUGUAGAAACAUAUAUUAAGUAUUGAGACUUGAUCUGGGAUCCAACCAAUCUCUGUCCCCUUGGGGCUUGGGCUACAGAUAAGAUAUAAUUAAUCUGCAAAACAGUAAAGGGGUCUGGGUGUACACAUGCUUCUUAUCUACAGAUAAGAUAUGUGGCCCACAUGCUUCUUGUCCAUCUUUGCUUCAUUGGCUUUGCUGCAUUAUUGAUGAUGUUGGGAGUCUUAAAAGUCUAAAAUCAAGUAGGAAAGAUUCCUAGAUUACCCUGUCAUGUACAAUAAUGCAUAAUAUAAUGGUUUGAUCAAGUCUUAAAUGACUGCCGCUGCCUUUCUCUCGUUGUUUUUGUCGUAACAUGACCGAUCGAACACAAAACAACAAGAAUAUGAUGUUUUAAUUGCAAAGCUUGCCAUUCUCUCGUUGUUUUUCUCUCGCUGCCAUUCUUGAAUCUUCAACAUUGCAAAGCUUUCACAAAACAAUUCGAUCUGCACUUGUUUUAAUUGCUUUGCUUGCUCCUCGCUGAAACGAAUAACUAUGGCAGUGGGAGAGAUCUUUCUUGCGGCAUUCGUUCAGUUGCUGCUGGAGAGGUUAACGCCUCAGGAGAUCCUGGGCUACUUUGGAAGCUUGGGAGGAGCUGGCAAAAAGCUGCAGAAAUGGAGAGAGACACUUUCCGCAGUUGCAGCGGUGCUUUCCGAUGCGGAGGAGAAGCAGCUGACGAGCAAGGCAGUGGAUCUGUGGCUGAAUGACCUGAAACACUUGGCUUAUGAUCUGGACGAUCUACUCAACACCUUUUCUAAUGAGAUGUUAGAACGCGAGCAGCUCAAGCUUCACCAAACUGGCACAAGCAAGGUACGAGGCUUCUUUACCAAAGUUCCUCACAAAGUUAAAUUCAACUUCAAUAUGAACUCCGAAAUAGACGAGAUUGCUAAUCGCUUGCAAGACAUAUUUGACCGGAAAGAGAAACUCGGUUUGAAAUAUAUUGAGCAAACCUCUACGUCAACAUCGUCAUCAAAAAGGACACCAAGUUCGCCUGUGUUGGAUGGAUCUGUGGUUGGGAGAGAUGAAGACGCAGGAAAGAUUGUGGAAUUGUUGUCCAGAAAUCCUGAUCCUUCUUCUCCCACAAAUUAUCAAGUUGUUGCCAUUGUUGGUAUGGGUGGACUCGGCAAGACAACGCUUGCGGGACGUGUCUUCAAUGAUGUAGUUGCAAUGAAACAGUUUAGUCUCAAGAUCUGGGUUUCAGUAUCCGAUAACUUUGAUCUUCAAACGGUGACGAGAGCUAUUUUUAGGGAAGUUACAUCUCGGCCUUGUGAUAUGGAUGAGUUCAGUCGACUUCAACAUAAUCUGAGCAAGGAGAUCGAUGGUAAAAAGUUUUUGAUUGUUUUAGAUGAUGUCUGGAGCACAUGUGAUUAUGAUUUAUGGAGAAGCCUGCAAGCUCCCCUCCGUGGCGGAGCCAAGGGAAGUAAGAUAAUGGUGACAACACGUGACGAAAAAGUUGCAAUAUUGAUGGGAGCCCCAGCCGGUGAUGUUUAUCAUUUAAAGACUCUAUCAGAAGAAGAUUGUUUGCAAGUAUUUGAGCAGCAUGUUAGCAAUGACAGGCCACCGAAUUUUGAGUUGCUUAAGGAGAAAAUUGUUACGAAUUGCAAUGGAUUGCCAUUGGCUGCAAAAACUCUUGGUGGUGUUUUACGUUGUGAAGAAACUGGCAAGUGGGAGGAAAUACUGAAUGACAAAUUAUGGAGUAUGUCAGACAGGAGUAAGAUACUCCCAGUACUCAGAUUGAGUUAUCAUUAUCUCCCUUCACCUUUGAAGAGGUGCUUUGCCUAUUGCUCAAUACUUCCCAAUGACUAUGAAUUUGGGAAAACCCAAUUAAUCCUUCUGUGGAUGGCAGAGGGUUUCCUUGAGCAAAGUCAGCAAACAGAAGGGACUAAAGGAAUGGAAGAUAUCGGUGACGAAUAUUUUGGGGAGCUAUUGUCUCGGUCAUUAUUUCAAACCUCGGGCAAAAACAGUUCAUGCUAUGUAAUGCAUGACCUUGUUGGUGAUUUGGCACGAUGGGCUGCUGCAGACACAUUUUGCAGAUUGGAGGAUAAACUGCAUGGUAGAUGUUCUCCAAACACUCGUCAUCUGAGUUACAUUUCUGCUAAGUUUGAUGGGGAAAAAAGAUUUGAGACAUUUUCUGAAGCAAAAGGCUUGCGGACUUUCCUACCACUUCCCGUUUCCGGUGGUUAUGAGAAUUAUCUGACUCGUUAUGCUACUUCUGAUUUAUUGCCACAAUUGAAAUACUUGCGGGUGCUCUCCUUCAGUGGCUAUAAACUGACCGAGGUGCCAAAUUCCGUAGGUAAGUUGAGACAUCUACGGUACCUUGAUCUUUCUCACACAUUAAUAACGUGUUUGCCUGAGUCAACAUGCAUGCUUUACAACUUACAGACGUUAAUAUUAGAGAAUUGUUCAAAAUUGAAGACACUACCUUCAAACAUGAGCAAUUUAUCUAAUUUACGUCAUCUCAACAAUUCAAACAUGCCUUCAUUGGAAGAAAUGCCUCCCAAAGUAAGUCGGUUCACUCAUCUGCGAACUUUGCCUAAUUUUGUGGUGGGGAAAGGUAGUGCAUCAGGGAUUGGAGAGAUACAGUCAUUGCAUCUUCGUGGGACCUUGAGUGUUGGAAGAUUGGAAAAUGUGAUUGAUGUUGGGGAUGCGAAGACGGCUCAAAUAAUGAACAAGGAAGGGCUGGAAAUCUUGCAAUUGGAAUGGAGCGGCACAAGCGAGAAGGAGUUGGAGGUGCUGUGCGGUUUAGAACCUCAUAAAAAGCUUAAGGAGCUGACCAUCAAGGGCUACAAUGGUUUCGAAUUUUCAAAAUGGAUUGGACAUCCUUCAUUCUCUGAUAUGAAGUCUGUGAAAUUGGAGAAUUGUAAAAACUGUCGAUUCUUACCUCCUCUUGGCCAAUUACCUUUCCUGAAAAAUCUUCAGAUACAAGGACUGGUCAAUGUUGAAAGUGUGGGUGCUGAGUUUUAUGGAGAGUGCAGCUUGCCUUUUCCAGUGUUGGAAGACCUGACGUUCCAGGACAUGCAAAAUUGGAAGGAGUGGCUUCCUUGCAAAAGAGAUGAAGAAAUUCGAGUUUUCCCAUGCAUGGAAAAGCUUUCCAUCCUUGGUUGCCCCAAAUUGAAAGAUUGGUUGCCCAAGAGCAUGGAUUCAUUAUCAGAGCUGUAUAUUGCUGCAUGUGAAGAGUUAGUGGUUUCAAUUGCCAAUUAUAAACAUCUUCGUGGGCUGUUCAUCUGCGGUUGUAAGGUGGUGGACCGAAGUGGAGUUAAGUUUGAGCUAUUGGAGCAUAUGUGGCUUGCAAGUAUUUCAGAGUUCAGACUCGAAAUAGACGGGUUCAUCAGAGGAUUGCCAAAGCUUCAAAAUUUGCGGAUUACUGGUUGUGAAGAGUUGACAUGUUUAUGGGAGAAUGAGGAUAGAUGGCUGCAGCCUCGAAUUUCUAAUAUUAUUGGAGGCAACAUAUCUGACUCCCCCUCUCACUUUAUUCAAGAGCUAAGAGCACUCAAGGAACUUGUGCUAACUGGAUGCUCAAAUCUAAUUUCUUUUCCAGAAGUUGGUUGGCCACCUUGUCUUGAAAAUGUAAAGAUGGAGUCGUGUAAUUCUUUGACAUAUUUCGUAAGGUAUCAAGUACCGCCAAGCAUAAGAAGAAUAGAGAUAGCAAAAUGUCAAAAUUUGAAACUACUGGUGAAGGAUGCUUGGGAGCUAGAGGGUUGUCUGGAGUGGUUGGAGAUAAAAGAGUGUGCAUCUUUGACAUCCUUAUCAGGCAAAGGAGGCCGACUACCCAGAACCCUCAAAUUUGUUAGAAUAAGUGACUGUGAACGAUUGGAGUCAAUAAUCAAAACAUUCCACGAGGGCACUUGUCUUGAUGCUCUUACGAUAGAGAGGUGUGCAAAUCUCAAAUCCUUACCAGAGGGGCUAUGCCAUCUCUCCGCUCUUCGCAUGUUAUGGGUAGAGGAAUGUGGAAGUCUCGUUUCCUUCCCAAGCGGAGGGUUGCCAUCCAGCCUGAUAUGCUUGUCUAUCUGCAGUUGUGCUCAAUUGGAAGCCCUCCCCAGAGGCUAUGUGGACAACCUCAGCUCUCUUCAGAUUUUGUUGUUGAGAUGCUGGGGAGGUUUGGCAUCCAUUCUAGAAGAGGGUUUCCCACCCAACCUAAUUGAUCUGGAAAUUGGCCCUCUCUCAGAGUGCGGGCUUCACCACUUGGGCAGACUCACCUCUCUUGAAACCUUUUCUAUCUUCUGUGUAGAUCCAGAUGUGGUGUCCUUUCCGCCAAAGGAGGUGCUGCUCCCUAAAUCUCUCAUUAAACUCGACAUUGCAGGCUUCCCAAAUCUGAAGCGCCUGUCAUCAUCUUUUCAAUCACUCACCUCUCUUGAAUCCCUUUCCAUUAUGUAUUGUCCGAAGCUAGCAUCUAUUAUUCCAGAACAAGAGGAUCAUCUGCCUCUUUCACUUACACAGCUUCGCAUCCGUGAGGGCUGUCCGCUGCUCACAAAGAAAUACCAACCAGGUAAAGGACGACUCUGGCCCAAACAAAUUGCCCACAUCCCUUACGUUUAUGUUGGAGGCUGCGAUGACGAAGCCGAAGCCGAAGCCGACCGCCGGGCAUAGAUAUCAAACUAUAGAGCCGCAAGAAGUACAAGGUUGAGCAAUGGACCAGCUCAAGAUUCUUGAUCCACGCACCCUUCUAAUUCUGCAUUAAGUGCAGCAGCAAGUAAAAGGUGGAGAAAGUUGUUUGCAAUGAGAGCACCUCAAGAUUUUUGAUCUGGGCUUCUAGUUCUGGUUCAAGGUACUGUCCACUUAAGUAAUUCCAAUUACGGUGCAUUGAUAUGCAUUCUGUCAGCUUCUUCGAGCACGGUUGUGGGAACAGAGCAGGCUUCAGAACUAAAGGAGCAAAUUUUUUGAAUCCUUAGGAACAGUGUUCUUACUGUUUUGUCCCCCAUAGCUGCUGUGCUGUCUGUGUCGCGCUAUUUGGCCUGCUGUUUGCUUGCAACCGCAUCUAUCCGUCUGUUUCAGUUUUGGAGAUAUAGAUGAGGCCCUCUUUAAAAUGGUCCCAAACAAAGCUACGCUUUAUACCUGAUUUUUCAGAAGGAGCCUCACCUACAGAUGCUGCGGCUUCACUUCCAGAAGGUUGACUUGCAGCAGGUUCACUUACAACUUCAUGUUGGCUUGCAGCUUCGAGCAGUGGAGGAGAAGCCGGUGAUGUGGCUGUUGAAGAAUCCUCAAGACCAGAAGCACCUGGUCGAGGUCGAGCAGUUUUCUUCUCCCUAGCCAUCAGCUUCUUGAAGUCUUAUGUGUUUGAAGCAAGACUCGAAACCACGGCGAAGCUGACGACGGAGAAACCACUUCCCCGAGCUGACGACUGGACCAGGAAGGCAAUCUCGGUGGUGUCUCGGUGACCAGGAAGGCAGGAACUUUGGGAAAUUGGGAAUGGGUCGGUGUCUCGGUGAUGCUUAUGAGCUGAAUUGAUGGAGCCUGGAGGAGUGGAGGUGAAUUGCAGAAAUGGGAACACCCUCAGUCGGUGAAGUAGUGAAGGAAAGGUGGAGAGUGGAGACUCGCGACUUCGAGAGGAAUGAGUUUAGGGUUUAGGUCAAAAACGGAAAAACCGAUUGAAAAAUAAGGAAAAUAAAAUAAGUUUUAAUACAUCGGGACGGGUCGGGCCUUUGAGGGAUUUCUUUGAACCAAACCGAAACCCGUCCCGUUAAAACGGGACGGGAUGGGACGGGCCCAAAUAGUAAAAUUUGAAGUUUCAAAACCGUCCCGUCCCGACAGUUUUCGGUACGGGCCCGGGUCGGGUUCGGGAUUCCGGGUUGAAGUGCCCACCCCUAGAUGAGGGAUAGAAAGAGAGCGAUAGAAAGAGAGAGAUAUAGAUUAAAGCAGCCCCAGUUGAAAGUUGAAGAAUCUCUUCUUUGAAAUUUGAUAGAUUUAUCUCCCAAUUGUCCCAUCGGUUUGACCGAUUUUGAGUCCUUCAUCUUACUCUGAAGAAUUUGAAGAAGGAUAAUCACCCAGACACUCAGAUCGUUUUAACUUCAUAUGACAAAACACUGUAUCGAUUGGAGUCUUUGAAGUUAUUCACAGUCCAAGUUUUGAGGGAAACAGUGCGGAGAGUUUGAGAAUUAGUUCAGUUUGGGGCAUUUUCAAGAAGCGAAGAGACUUAGUAUUGCAAAUUUCAGAAAUGGGAAAAGGCAGGCUGUUUUGACAAUCUUACAGGGAGGGGUUUGGACAGGAAGCAAAGAGAAAAGGUUUCGAACAACAAUUUGGAGGAAGGGAAUUAGCUAUUAGACAAGUAACACUGCUUUUCUGUUUUUCCGGUUCGGGAUUUUGCUGCUUUUUCUUCAGAAGGAACAGAAGUUAUAACCUUCUCAUUGGUUUUGAUAAUUGUGAAUCUUUCUAAUUCUAGACUGCAGAUCUUUGCUGUACUUGGAUUUUCUUGAAGGCAUCAAACCAACCAUCAUUACAGUAUUACACAGAUGUGCCACUUUGAUCCAAGUGUCUAGGCCAAUCAAUCAUUCUACUUUCUGCAGCUUCUGUCUUCAAAUCGUCUGUUGCAUAUGAAAACCGGGUGCUGGAGCUGAAGGGGCCACUUGAACUCUUAAAGGGCGUUAGAGCAGAAGAAUGUACGUGCAGUUGUUCAGGAAAGCAUGAUACUACCCUCAUCUUAGCUGUAUUUAUAAUUAGUCGGUCAAAAAAUGCUAUUCAAUGCAGAAAAGCCGAAGAAUGUAUGUGCAACUGUUCAAGAGCUGGGGUACAAGACGGUCAUGCUAGCAUAAAAUCAUUGGCUGCCAGAGAGCAACGCCUGAAUACAACUUUGGCCGUGUUUUAUAGUAUCAGGCACUAAUGGGGGAGCAUAAUACCAGAGACUUCUGAUAUGUCACCAAGCAUGUUUGGUGUUUAUAAAGAUACUGAUGUUGUUUCUCAUGUUUCGUGCUCCUUAGCAGUUGUAUGUUUAAUUGAGAGUAAAAAUAGAAUAGAAAAGAGUUGACAACUUGACAACUUUGGUGCAAAGGUGACGCUCUGAGUGUAUUGUGUAAGUAAAGGUUGUCAUUGCACCAUCAAUAAUGGAUUCAAUUUUUGUGUUC